AUGGCAUCAUCCCAAACGAAUCAGCUCUCGCUCCCCUUUCGAAAAUCAACACACCUCUCCCUCGCGACCGCCAUCCGCCAGUAUGUCGCCGAUAAAUACGGACAGCACCCAGACACGUUCCACGAGGAUAUGGACGUGAUUGACACCCUUCGUCGCGAGGCCGUCAACGUGCGCGAGGCCCACCCAAGCGGCAUCAAGAAGCUGCAGGCCUACGCGGGACAGCUGGCGUGGAUCGGCGGCAAGUUUCCCGUGGAGAUGGGCGCCGAGUUCACAUGGUACCCGGCGCUGGGCUACAACGUCGAUCGGCCAAUCGUGCAGAACAACCUCAAAUUCGAGCGCGCCAACGUGCUCUACAACCUGGCGGCACUCUACAGCCAGCUGGCCGCGGGCACGGGCCACGGCGAUGCUGACAGCCUCAAGACGGCCGCCAGCUACUUUAUGCAGGCGGCGGGCGUGCUCGGGUUUCUGCGCGAUACGGUUAUUACCGACCCGGACCUCAGCAACGUGGUGCCCGAGGACAUGGACGCCGCCACACUCGACUGUCUCGAGCAGCUGAUGCUGGCACAAGCACAGGAGUCCUUUUGGCUGCGUGCUGUGUCUGAGCGCUACAAGGACGCGACUAUUGCCAAGUUGGCGGCACGGCUCGCUGAUCUGUACGACGCGGCGGGCGAGGCGGCUAUGAAGAGCGAUUCCGUCAGCCGGUCGUGGAUCCACCAUGUGAGCGCGAAGCACCACCACUUUGCGGCGGCCGCGCAGUACCGGGCGUCGCUCGAUUGCCUAGAUAAGCGCAAGUAUGGCGAAGAGGUGGCGCGGCUGCAGGACUCUUUGCUGUGUGUGGCCGAGGGCCUCAAGGAAAACCGGGGCGGCUACUUGAGUAAAACAGUAGUUGAGGAUCUAACCGGGCUCAAGCGGCGCGUUGAGGAAGACCUGAAGCGCGCAGAGCGCGACAACGACGUCAUAUAUCUGCAGGUGGUGCCGCCAAAAUCGGAGCUCAAGAUCCUAGACCGCGCAAACAUGGCCACAGCGCGCAUCCCGCCGCAAGUCGAGAAGCCAUUCGAAUUUCUCGGAGAUCAGGCCGAGUUCGGCCCGGCGCUGUUUUCCAAGCUCGUUCCGUUCGCCGUGCACCUGGCUGUGUCUGUAUACGAAGAACGCCGCGACCGACUCAUCAACCAGAAUAUCAUCCACGACCUCGAGGUACUGACUGAACAAUUACACGGCACCUUGCUGGAGCUGAACCUGCCCGGCUCGUUACAGGCCAUAGAACGGCCGCUGGGCCUGCCUGGAUCACUAGUUCAGCAUGCCGAAGAGAUGCGCUACGCAGAUGCGGUCAACCGGGCGAAGCGUAGCUUCGAGGACAUCAACAAACUGCGCGCCGGUGACCGGGCCACCUUCGACGAGGGCAAGGCGCUUCUGGCCGUUGAGGCCGAUGAAGACGCCCAGUUGCGGCGCAAAUACGGCACGGAGCGCUGGACGCGACCCGAGGGCCGCGCAGACGGUGCACAAGGUCAGAAGCUGUGGACGAACGCAGACGAGAUUGAGGGCUACUUUGCGUCGAGUGGGUCGAGCGAUGGCGUGGUGCGCGACAUGUUUGCGUCUAUUGAAGACAUGCUAAUCCUGUUGGCGGGACCGGACCGGGCGCUCAUGGACUUUGUGCCCAACAGCCGCAAGAUGGAAGUGCCAGAGGCCGUCAAACCAUCACUCGGCCGCUUACGCAGCGCCUACAACGACGUGCUGCGGCUCGAGUCGCGGCGGCGCAAACGCGUCGAGGCCCUGCGCGAAAAGGCGCGCGCCGACGACGUCAAGCCCGAUAUUCUCAAAGAAACGGCACGGCUGGAGCGCGCGUAUCCCAACACGCCAAUUGUCGCGUCCCACUUUGACGGCUUCUUUGCCACGCGCCUGCGCGAGCUCUACGACGAUGACCAGGACGCUCUUGUGCAGCGCGAGCGCGCCGACCAGGAAAAGGCGCUCGACGAUGUGGCGCGGGCAAACCGCGAGUUCGUGUCGCAAAAGAAGGCCUCGACGGGCAGCGCUGGUGGGGGCGGGCACGAACGCGAGGCGGCUCUGCAAAAGCUGGACAAUGCGCACUACAAGUACAAGGAGGUGGUGCGCAACGUCGAGGUAGGUCGCAAGUUCUACAACGACCUGAGCAAGAUUGUGGGCGCGUUCCGGGACCAGAGCCGUGCAUGGGUACAGCAACGACGCAGCGAGGCACAGGCCAUUGAAGAGGAACUGUCGAUGCCGGUGCUGUCGUCGCUCUCAUUGGGUCAUCAGCAGCAGCAGCCGCAGCAGCAACAACAGCACCAGCACCAGCACUUCUCUCCACCGCCUCAACAACAACCACCCGCCAUCCAAUCUUGGGCUGGUGGCCCACCCCAGCAACCAACGCCCAUACCUGUCUCACAUCAGCAGCCACUAUCACAGCAACAACCGCCGCCACCGCCGCCUCAACAACCACAGCCGCAACAGCAUCAGAUGUGGAGCGCUGGAAUGGGCAUCCGUUUCGGCAACUCGCCGGCGCCGGACGGGACACCACAGCCACGGCCGGGGGGCGGCGCACCCGGUGGGAACUCGGCACAGACCAACCCACAUGGCACAUGGGACCCGUCAUCGGGCAUCCGGUUUGGGUAG